AUGCAAGAUGAGGACGAUGAUUAUGAGGAAGAUUUGAGUGAGUAUAGUGAUGAUUCUGUCAAAAGACGGCCACAACCAACACGACGGUCUGUGCGGAACCGAAAAAAYGUGGUUGAUCCUGACUUUAUUAAUGACGAUUCAAGUGAAGACAGUGAUCAACGUUCCAAAAAAAAGAGACCUUGGUCAGAUUCUUCGAAUAGCGAAGAAGAAGACUUAACUUGGGGUAAAAAGAAAAAAAAACGUACAAACGCAUACUCGUCUUCGUCAUUAUUGUCCAAACCAGCCAAAGGAUCUAAAAGGAAACGUAGUGAAAACAACGGUGAUCGGAAAUUUAAAAAAUCUAAGAUAAAGUUUGGUAUGAAUUCGGAUUCAGAUUCAGAUGGCCAACCUAAGAGAAGGACUAGAGGACGACAAAUAACUUAUGCCKAAUCCGACGAUUCAGAAGAAGAAGUCCAAACAAAAAAGCGUAAGGUAGAAAGUGAUGAAGAAGACGAAUAUGUCUUGAACGAUGAAGAAUUGGAAGUCGAGAAUGAAGACCAAACUUUAGAAGUGGAUGAAGAUGAUGCCAUGGCCAGUAAUGAUGAAAAAGAUGAAGAAGACGAUGUUUAUGAAGAAGAAGCAGUUGAAGAGGAAGAGGAAGACAAUGACGAAGAUGAAGAAGUCAACCCGAAGCUGGCCAUAACCUCAUCAGCAYCAGCUGUAAGUGAUGUCGCACAUCCAACUGUGAAACUGCCGCCGCCAUCUGCCAUAGCCAAAUCGGUCAUCAGGGAACCGGUGCCCUUAUUGUCAUCCGAUCCAGUGGCUGUUGAACCACAUCAAAGUGCACACCCACGACUUAUCCCACCAGUUGUCGUCCAGCAAACGGAAAAACAUACAUUGUCACCAGUCGUCGACUCCGAACAUGGGUUGUUGGAUAAGCGUAAGCGUCCCCUACACCAGCCAAAACAGUGUCCAUCACCCAAUCCUGUGGUGGACUAUGGUGGAGGUUCUGCUUACCCGUAUGUGCCUGAUGCCACCAAAGUGGCGGUGUCUACCGUUCUGCCAUCGCCUGCACACGUGGCAUACAUCAGAUCACCCGCAGCUGUGUCUGUUGCUGCAGGAGUGUUCAAGACCACCAUGGUGCCACGAACUUCUGGUGAUGUAGGUUUUCCUGUCCCGCCAGCCCCAUACCGGACGGGAGCCAAUAAAAUGACCGGACCAGCCUCCUAUCUGUCUCCACCACCUCAAGUGCAACAAGUGUACCAGGCGCCAACACCACAGUCACAGCCAUCAUCAACCAGUUAUUCCCCAUAUCCAAUUGAUUAUGCUGUCACCGGAGCACCRCUACCACCUCCACCGCCGACCAUCGCUUUCCGAAACGUGGUCAUAGCACCACCAUCUCACGAGCACGCAGUGUUACCCAGUUCUACACAGCAGCAUCAGCAGCAAUCCACCACAGGGGGUGGAGAAAGUGAAUUCGGCGGGCUCGUUUCGUAUUUUUCCAGUCAACAGGAAGACGAUUUUGACGCAUGAUGAUCUCGUCCAUCUCCAACAUAUUAUUAUUAUUGCAAUUUAUUAUUUUUACCCUUUUUUUCAUUUGUUUCCUCUACCCUGCCGACAGCUUAAUGUAUUCUACUAUUCUGAAAAAUUGGCUACUUUACUUGUAUGUUGUUAUUAUUAUAAAUUUAGAAUUAUUUUAUUA